CUGGACCGGCAGGAACUCAGGUCCCUUGCCGAUCAGUGCGUUGUUCGACUGUUUAACGUCGCGAAAACGUCGAACAACCUCAAGGGGCCCUAUGUCAGGGACAUCAAGGAGGCCGCCCAAACUAUGAGCGACAUAGUUAAGAUGCUCGCCAAUCGGACGGCCUCGGAGGAGUUGCGGCGCUUGUGGGCAAAUAAUGCUCGUCUCGAGAACGAGAACGAGCACCUGAGGACCGAACUCAGGGCCCUCAGGAGGGACUUUUCUGAAAGGAAGAAGUCCCCUGCCCGUGAGCCCGCGCCGGCGACAGAGCCUCCCCUCGGCAUCUCCGAUAUGCUGGGAGAGCUGCAGCGGGCAUUGACUCUCACCAUGGGUGAGAUGAUCAAUGCUCGCAUCGCUGGCCUGGAGGACCGCCUCCUUCCGGCGAAGAGGGUCCGUCCGCCACUACAGGCGGACUUAAGGAGGUAG